AUGUCCUCGACCACAGCCACGGUCAACCCAUACGCUGUUGAGGUCAUUAGGACAAUGAAGGGGGAACUGGUGGGAAGUAUUUUGAACACGGAGGAGUUACUCAACCUUCUUGUUGACCACGGCAUCAUCUCACAUGACCAGCGGCUGACCGUGUCCAGUAUCCAAUUGCAGGAGGAAAGAAACACCAAACUGCUUGACACUGUCAUCUCUCGUGGCGAGCGGGCUUGUAGGAUCUUCUUCUACCCCUGUUUGAAUAGGGCAGAGCCUGACCUGUACCGGACCGUGAGAGCUUAUGUCGGGAGCGUGAACGAGGGCGUCCGUGAUGCUCGCAGGCAGCUGAUAGGAUACUUGCUGGAGCGAGACCACCAACAGCCAGCGACAAACACACAGCACUCAACGCUUAAAAAAAGCUCCCUUAAAACACCUUCAAAAGUAAGCAAAAAGCUCAAGGCAAACGAGGCAGAGGUAAAAGAAUGGAUCUUCGCAGCUGUCACCAGCGGGGAUCUGAGCCUCCUGGCGGAGCUUUUAGAGGGCAGAGAUGUGAACGCCGUCAGGCAGGACUCGGACUGCCUUCUGCACGUCGCUGCGGAGCAUGGUCAGCUGUCCGUCCUGGAGUUCCUCCUGCAGAAUGGUGCCAAACUGGACACCAGGGACCAGCAGGGCCGCACUGCCCUGCACAGAGCAGCCUCGAGGGGCCAGGCUGCUGCUGCCAUGGCUCUCGUGAUGGCGGGGGCUGACAUCUACACCCGUGACAAUGCUUCAAACACGCCGCUUCACCUAGCGGCACGGAAUGGCCACCAGGACACCGUGCAGGCCCUGGUGGAGGAGGAGGGCAGGCAUCUGAGGAAACACACCACGUUCCUUCACCUGGCAGCAGCGCAGGGCGACUCUGAGGUGGCAGACGUGCUUCUGAGGGUAGGGGCAGAGGUGGAUAGUAAAGAUAGCAGGGGGAAAACGCCACUGUUUCACGCGGUCAGCCGAGGCAAUGAGAGGACCGUUGCCGUGCUCCUGCAGGCAGGGGCCCAGGUGGACUCUGACGCUAUGGCCAGUGCGUUUGACCUCAACAGCAAGUCCAUGCUGAGACUACUGCUUCAGAACGCACAGGGGAAAAUGACGUCCGAGUCCAUGAACUCGGCACUGUUCAGAGCGGUGAAAAGGAACCUGGGUGGCAUUGUCUCAGCUCUCAUAGACAGUGGGGCUGAUGUCCACUCCCAGAACAGCCAGAGCUACACUCCUCUGCUCCUGGCUGCUGAGCUAGGAAACACGGACGCUUUCAAGGCCUUGGUGGAGAACAAAGCCAACCUGGAGGCACGGCUGACUAACUCAUCAACGGCCCUACACCUGGCCGCCCAGAGUGGGAAUGUGACCAUCACACAGAUGCUGCUAGAAAAAGGGACUGGACCAGACAUGGCUGGACCUAAAGACCAGACCCCCUUGCACAUGGCUGCCCUGCAUAACCAGCCUGCACUGGUUGGCCUGCUGCUGCGUGCUGGGGCUCAGGUGAACGCCGUCACUCACGACGGACACACCGCGCUCCACCUCGCCAGCCAGAGAGGCCACUCCGAGGUGGCGACCCAGCUGCUGAGGGCCGAGGCUGACGUGAGCGUGCGGGACAAGGAGGGGAGGAGCGCUCUGCACUGGGCGGCUGUCCGGGGAGAGACGUCGGUGAUCAAGCUGCUGCUUUCAGCCGGGGCGGACGUCAGUGCCGCGGAGAAGGAGAAGAAGAGCUCGCUGCACCUGGCAGCCAUGGACGGGAGGGCCGAGGCCGUGUCCACUCUGCUGUCGCUGGGGAAAGCGCGCGGGGAGGCCAGAGACAUGGACGGCUGCACUGCUCUCCACUACGCCUCGGCCAAUGGACACGUGGACGCCGCGACGGCCCUCCUGUGUGCUGGGAAAAACAAGAACGUGGACAGCAAGAACGCGUGGAGGAGGACGCCACUGCACGCAGCGUGCGAACAGGGCCACGAGGCGCUAAUGGAGCUGCUGCUCGGCGCCGGAGCCAAGAUCAACGGCACGGACAGCAAUAAGGACACGCCACUACACUGUGCCUGCCGUGCUGGCCACCUGGCCAUUGUCCAAAAGCUUGUAAACUGGUCACACAAAGAGAAGGCAAACCUUCAGGCCACAAAUAAUGUGAAGAAAACUCCUUUACAAGUGUCUGAAGGUGGAGAUAUGUUAAAUCACACACACAUUGCUACUCUGCUGAAGAAGAAAAUGUUUUUGAUCAAAUGAAACACAAAAUUUUUUGCU